CGUAAACAACGCGCACUCGCCGCGCCGGGUGCGCCAGAGAUUCAAUCUUUUUGCGCGUGUGUGUGUGUUUUUUCGGUAACUUUCCGCUCAGCAUCUCGAUUAGAAAGCGAAAUGUUGAUUUAGUCGCCUAUUUGUACUACGAGACGCCGUUAUCGGGGACAAAUGAUCAGAAGAUGCAUGUCACGAGCGAUCCGGAUUUCUCCGGAUUUCAGACACGAUCGUCGAUGGAAAAUUCAUCUUGUCCACAAUGUUAACUACUUGGGGUAAAAUUGUAAACGAGAGAUUCUCCCGUUUGACAGUCGAUCGAUCGUCGUCGACGAGGGCCGGCGACGAGACGAGGGAGCAUUUCGCCACGGCGCCCCGCACGUGUCGCACGUGUUCGCCAGCCGCACACGUGAUAGACACGGCACUGCUUAUUGACGUCCGCGGUAGGCGGGACUUGCUCGCGGCCCGAUAGAGGGAUAUAUUUACCGCGCGCACACGACUUUUCUCUCUCUCGUGCGCCAACGCGACGCGACGCAACGUAACACGAGUCAACGCAGCGCAACGCGGCGACGCAAGAGGGACACCGGCUUCCUCUCUUUCUCUCUUUUUUUUUUCUCUCCCUCUCCCCGCGCGCGCACUCUCUUCCUCGCCACCUCGUCGCGAUUAACAAUGUGUACAUACGUCCUCGCGGUACGCGACGAGCGGUGCAUCGGUUCACGGUGCGCGAGCAUGGCUUCUUCCCGGCUCGGGGGUUGACUUUUUUUUUCCUCUACCUCCCGUCACAUCUUCAAUUCUCGUGGACAGUGUCCGUUUAACUCGGCGCCUACUUCGCAGUGUGCGCGGUAUCGCUGUCAACGCUGCGCUUUCCUCGAAAGGUACGAAGAGAAGAGAGGGAGGCGAGAGAAGAGGACCGACAGAGAGGACUUGCAGACGGGAGAGAGAGAGAGAGAACGAGAGACGGCCAGUUUAAUGUGGCGCGGACGACAGUAGUGUGCGAGUGCGUUGCGAACGAGCGACGUGCGCGGCCACCCGCGGGUGCUGCCAGUCGCUGGUCCGUCAUUUCAUCAUCGCCUUCGUCAGCUGUGGCAGAUAGUGCAGUGCGGUGCGGUGCGCGUCCAGUCAUCUUCAGCUGUCACUCCGGGGUCGAUAACAAUCGACCGGAAUCUCGGCUCCAACAGCACGGAAGCGCCCGGCCGAAGAAUGGCGGGUAACGGCGUCCCGGUUCUUCUCAUCACCGCGAACGUCGGCAGCAUCUUCGAGGAGCCUAGUGUCAUGCUAAAGAUAUGGACGGAAGAAUUUUUAUCCACCAUAUCGAAACUAGAUCCGAAAUUUAUAGCACUGCACUGUCAAGAAGUAGGUGGAAAAAAUUACGAGCAGAGUAUGAGGCAUGUCGAAGACUUUGUUAGAUUACUUAUGUCAUCGGAAGAAUUAAGAUUAUUUGAUAAAAUUAGGGUAUUCCUUGACGAGGAUUAUUCAUCCGCUGAACAUUUCACAGCUCUAGGAAAUUUUUAUUUUGUGCACGAGUCCUUAAGCGAUGUUUUAUUAUGGGAUUUUAAUGAGUGCACUUUUAUACCAGUAAAUGGAAAAGAAGUCCAUUCUGGCAACAUAGAAGCAGUUACAACCAAAGAAAAAGCCAAGUUUCCUCAAGAAUUUUUCCCAGAAUGCAAAUGGUCCAGGAAGGGUUUCCUACGGACUCGAUGGAGUAUUAGUGGAACAGUUUUUGAUCUCAUAAACAUACACUUAUUUCACGACGCGAGCAAUUUUAUUGCUAUGGAGACGUUUCCAUCGGUAUACAGUAAAACGCGCAGAAGAGCGCUCGAGCACACAUUAGAUAGAUUUCAUAACGACAAGUAUCCAAAUGUGCCGUAUUUUUUAUUUGGCGACUUUAAUUUUAGGACAGACACUUCAAGCGUGAUAAAGAAACUGACGGAAGAUACUCGAGAAAAGAAGUUAUCGAAUAAAGGAAACAUUUCUAAAUUGCAAUUUCACAAUAGAGACGAUGAUCUCAUAUUAACGUUAGGGAAAAAGGAAUUUUCACAUUACGAACAUCAAAACAUUUUUAUGAAGAAUGGCGGUGAAUGGUUACGCGAGUAUGAUAAAGAAUUGGGAGAUUUUGAAGAACGGUUGUUCGAGUUUCCGAUCAAUUUUGUACCAAGUUAUCCGUUUCAAGAAGAUGUUAACGAGCCUGUAAAUUAUAUGCAAACGAGAGUGCCGGCUUGGUGCGAUCGAGUCGUGUUGAGCCCUACUGCGAAAACACUAGUCCAGAAUAUAGAUGAUUCCGAGGCAGUGGAGUAUGGUGUAAUCGGCCCAACUACAUGCAUGGGCGAUCACAAGCCAGUCUACUUGAAGGCUAGUCUCAUCUCCGAUGCAGGUAUGAUAGAUUGCUGCAACUUGCCAAUUGCGUUUUGCUUCCGAGUGCCCAACAAUUACCCGGAGUUGUUGUCCAUGUUGCCUGAUUGCAAUAGUUACGCUAACGCGCGCGCGAAUUUUGUUGAUCGUUCGUCUAAUCUGUUGCACGCAAUACCCGUCAAGCAUGAUCCCUACACGCCAGAUAGUAUGGACAGUCCGAGUCCGAACGCUAUUAUGACCUCCGGAGAGGUCCCGGAUCUAGAUACGGAACAUAUCGAUAACAACAAUCUCGCCUCGUCCGCGCUAAGGUCGACCCAGAUCACGUCGAUCGCGUCGAGACGGCUCGUCGACCGAGCCGUGUCGCCGGCGUUACUAAAAUCCAAAUUGGAGCUGAUCGUACAAAAUAAAAGGAACGAGGACGCCGAUCUGGACGUAGAUGUCUCGGAUAUUAAGAGGAGUCCCAGCGAGUGUCAUCUACGUUCUUGGCCCGACGCCGAGGAUCAGCAUUGGUGCGUGAGAAAGAACAGAUGCAACAGCGACGUGUCGUGGCAACGGUCCCACGUUCUAACGGAGGCCUGGAUCCAAGAGACGGCGAUGGAAACCCAGGCAGAGACGAAAUCCGGGUUGAGAGGCAACGAGAUAUUCAACGGCGUUAACAACAAUAACAACAAUGCCGUGAGGACGAUAACAAGAUACGUGCAUACUAAGCAUGCGGAUUCGUCGGUGAAGAUCUUUCGGGAGACGAUGGUUUGAUAUCGUACUUUCGGACAAGACAUUCGGUAUACGUACAAUAUUAAUCGCAUAUAAAUUGAUGUCUUUGAACAUAUAAAAUUGUUUAAUCCUUUUGAUAGAAUUUUGCCGAUAGAACAAAAAUUUAUAGUUCGAAUUAAAAUAUUAAUUGUUAUAUACAUACAUAUAAUGUCAAUCCAUCGGAUACACAUUGCAAUUAAAUAAAAUUUAAUUUUAAUUAUUUCAUAUCGCGAUUUCUAGAAACGUAUUCCCGGCAUUUUGCGGUCAAACCAAUUUUUGUUCAUUACUUUUAUAGCAUGUAGAAAUUUUGGUAUGUCAAAAGGAUUAAUUGUUAACGUCUGAAUCCGUCAUUAAUAUAAAUGAUGAAACGAGUGUAAAGCGGUGAAUUGCGAAACACUGGACUCGUUUUUAGCCGCGACGGUAUCUUAAUCCGAUCCACUGAAUACUAUCGCGUAAUCCGAAUACUAUAAAUACAUUCCACUAGCGUAAUCGGCAAAGGAAUUUGCAAGCAUAUGAAUCUAACGUCGCGUGCUCGAAGUUUACACAAGCUGCCCUUUUAACACGUCAUAUAACACUCGAGAGGUAAAGGGGGCUAUAUGUGUGUAAAACUCCAAACGACACGCGCUUGUGUUUAAAACCGCGUGUAUACAUAUAAAGACGUUUAAAAGACGUCCUAUAUAUUUUUAAAAAAAUUUUAGGCUUCUUUUAGACGUCACCCUUUCGUGUUUUUGUGGAGUGUCGAUAUCGCGUUGAAGCACGAUGAAUAAUUUGCAUAAAUCGGCACAAAUCACAUUGACAAGUGUCAGGUAUUUAAUACUCUAUUACUUUGACUCGAGUGCUUCCUCACUUUUGCCAAAGAUAUUGUUAUUGAAGUUUCUCUCUUUCUCACUGCCUCCGCUCGCGCGCAUUAUUAAGGAUUUCGUAUAUUUAUUAUUGGCGUAUUAUAUAUCUUUCUCAAUGGUAAUUUUACGAAAUAUGAAUUAUUGUGUAGUGAACUGUGUACUUAAGACUAAUCGAUGUUUGUUUACGAUUCAGAUCUUCUGCGAUUUUUAGCGUACUUAAUGAUUGUUCUCGCGCUACACAUUGAACUCUUUACUAUAUAAAUUCUUCCUGCAACAGAUGUGUGUCUCAAGACAAUUGACAUCCUAAUUAUCUUUAAGAUUAUUCCGCGCGCAUUAAUUUUUUAACAUAUAAGAAGAAAAAUAUAGAUUGUUUAUUAUAUAAAAAAAGAAUGAUAAUCUCUGAAGAAAAUUUAUUUAUAGGAUCGAAGGAUUAAGAAGGAUCGAUGAUUGUUGGCGAGAUAUGAAUUAUUCUUACAGAUUAAUAGCAAUAAUUUUUCACAAAGAGUACUUUAUACAAUUUACAAUUCUGCAAAUAUCUCGAGAAAGAAAUAUUAUUUUGAUGCUAUAUUACCUCUCCGCGUAAACACAUAUCGGAACAAAUUCUCUUCAUGUAUCUACAUAUGCAUAUACAUUAUAGAUGUCAUUUGAAAAGUAUAAUAAGAUACAGGACGAUCGAGGAAAUUUUUAUUAAUAAUUAAUAAGUUAUAUAGUUCGUAUAAAUAUAUAUAUAUAUAUCUUGAAUAUGUACAGGGACGACAUAAAAGAUAUUCGCGCGAAUCGUUUAUACUCACGAUUUGCUGUGCCAAUCCGGUCCAUCCUAGAUUUUUGCACAUUGAUUAUAAAAAUGUUCACUCUGCCUUUGAUUCGCGUGAGUGAAAAUGUUUGGAGACCUCGUUAAAGUAUGUACCUUGUACUUAUUGUUAGAUUCGUUUGUAUUUCGAGGAACCGUUCUCAUAAGCGUCAGAUUUAUAGAACCGAGAGAUUUAAAUGAUUAUUCAUCUCUUUCUGAUUUUAUUUUUAAAGAGAUGAGGAUGCGAGAAUGCGAUGUUUAUGGGAGCGAUUCGAAAAUAGAAUUGACAAAAAAUAUUUCGGAUGCUGGAUAGAUGGGUCCAGCGCGAAGUUGCGCUUUUGUUGACAAUUUAUAUAUAUGGACGUUAUAAAAUUUGAUAUGUCGUCUUUCAAAGUGUGUGCGUGUGUGUUGAGAUAUUUACGAUGGCAUUCCACGAAAAUUAGCCAAUUAAGUCGGAUCGAUGUGCUAAUAUCUCUUUGUACCGACUUAUAUAAAGGUCCUUACGCUUUAUUCUAUGUAUAGAAAUUACAGUAGACAAGAUCUUUUUUCGUGUUGUUAUAUGAAUCUCUCGUAAUAGUGCUUCUAUAUUUAAAAUAUUCGCUCUUCCGGAAUUAUUUUCGAUUAUAAACUGAGAAUUAUUAUUGUGCUCUUCUGACAGUAAUCGAGCUAAGUCAAUCUAUAUUCUAAUCGUUAAAUGCAAUUGUCCGUUUCUCAGUUUUAAUAACUUUUAACGUUAAUAGAAGAGAACCGGGCAAAGAUAUUUAGCAUUUAUUAAUGUGCGAUGGAAAUUAUGAGCCUUCAUUUCCAUCGCUUUUACUGUACGUUGUUGAACUCUGAUGUUGUUGGACACAUAUACAUAUUAUUAUGAUAUUACGAUGAAAUAUAAUCUUAAAUCACGCGUGAUAUACAUAUAUACAUACAAUAUGAAAUAUAGAUCGAAAAGUUAAAACACCACACGAAGAUCUUCCUAUAUGGCUUCACGCGUUUUUUGAAAGAUUUAAGUGUUAUAAAUUUUGUAUGGAGUUGAGAGAAAAUUUACUUCUGUCCAAAUGUAACAAUACGAAACAUUUCGCUUUUAAGUAAUGUGAAAAUAAUCUCUUAAAUAAUGCAUCUCGUUUUCGUAAUAUUUUAACUAUUCGUAGCACAGAGACAAUUAAAGGGUUUAACAAUCUUUUAAAUUUUUCUAUGAUCAAGUUAAUGUUAUAGUCUCUUAAAUGUUUUAUUAAUCUGUUCGAUGAAUUUUAAUCAUUACAAAGAAAAGAAAAGAAAUUGUCAAUGUACUUCAUCAAUUAUUUGUACAUACAUGUGGCGAUUAUUUCCGAUACGUGUGAGAGAAGUAUCAUUUCUUGCAUUGAAGCAAGAAUUAAUAUUGUACUUUUAUAAAUACAUAAUAUACGUACUUAAAUUUUGUACCGAUAAAAAGAGAAAUAUCUUACAUUUCGCGCGAUAUAUAUAUAUACAUAUAUAUAUAUAUAAUAAUAAUAAUAAUAAUAAUAAUGAAACUAUAUAUUCGACAAGGAGAGAUAAUGCAUAUAUUGUACGUGUUUCAUGUGAUUGUCAUGAUGUUUAGGAUCGGUAUCAUUCGCAUAAUGUUAUGGAAUCGAAAAAAGAGAGGCAUAUUAGAUAUAUCGUUGAUAAUUGUUUCAAAGAUUGAAAUGAUGCACUUAUUUCCCCAUGUACCAAUGUUAUGAGAAAGAAAAUAAAGUUGCGAUUCCAUAACUUAAA